GCUGGCUUCCGAGUGAGGUGGGAGGAGGGCGCGGGGAGGGAAGCCGAGGCAGGGGAGCUCUAGGCCGGCCGGCGGUGGCGGCGGCGAGGCCGGGACUCCGUCUAAGGGGCCUGCAGUGGCGGCAGCGGCGGACGCCGAGCGCAGCAACGGGUUUCUCUGGAAACCCCCCUGGUAAGUGUGGAGGAGGCGGGACACUCUGACCCAAGACAAAAGGCCUGUAGCUCCAGCCAAAGAAAAUAAACCUUAGGAGGGAGAAGGAAAAAAAAAAAAGGUCCAUCAGCUGUUUCUGAGAACAGCCUGCAGUGGAAUCUACAGAGAGGACAGCUAAUGUGAGUGAGGAAGUGACUAUAUGUGGACUGUGGAGACAGUAAGUCACAUGGGCCCUGAGGGCCUGGACUGGGUUAGGAACAGUUGCGCUUUCAGAGGUGAGGUGUCAAGAAGGGAAAAGUGAAUGUGGUCUGGAGUGUGGCCUUGGCUCCACGGGGUGUGCUUUCCUCUGGGCCCAUCAGGGAGCUCAGCCCCUGUGUUCUGCCAGGGUGAGGUGCAGGGUUUGGCACUGAGGAGAGUAAUUUGCUGGCUGGAGCAGCAGAGCAGUGGCCUUGAUUUGUGUUUUGGAAGAUUUAAAAACCAAAAAGCAUAAACAUUCUGGUCCUUCAGCAAUGCUUUCUCUGAAGAAAUACUUAACGGAAGGACUCCUCCAGUUCACCAUUCUGCUGAGUUUGAUUGGGGUGCGGGUGGACGUGGAUACUUACCUGACCUCACAGCUCCCCCCACUCCGGGAGAUCAUCCUGGGGCCCAGUUCUGCCUAUACUCAGACCCAGUUCCACAAUCUGAGGAAUACUUUGGAUGGCUAUGGUAUCCACCCCAAGAGCAUAGACCUGGACAAUUACUUCACUGCGCGGCGGCUCCUCAGUCAGGUGAGGGCCCUGGACAGGUUUCAGGUGCCGACUACUGAGGUAAACGCCUGGCUGGUCCACCGGGACCCGGAGGGUUCUGUCUCUGGCAGCCAGCCCAGUUCAGGCCUCACCCUCGAGAGUUCCAGUGGCCUCCAAGAUGUGACAGGCCCAGACAACGGGGUGCGAGAAAGCGAAACGGAACAGGGAUUCAGUGAAGAUUUGGAGGAUUUGGGGGCUGUAGCCCCUCCAGUCAGUGGAGACUUAACCAAAGAGGACAUAGAUCUGAUUGACAUCCUUUGGCGACAGGAUAUUGAUCUGGGGGCUGGGCGUGAGAUUUUUGACUAUAGUCAUCGCCAGAAGGAGCAGGAUGUGGACAAGGAGCUGCAAGAUGGAGGAGAGCAGGGGGACACCUGGCCUGGAGAGGAUGCAGAGGCUCUGGCACGGAACCUGCUAGUGGAUGGAGAAACUGGGGAGAGCUUCCCUGCACAGGUGCCUGGUGGGGAGGACCAGACAGCCCUGUCCCUGGAAGAGUGCCUUAGGCUGCUGGAGGCCACCUGCCCUUUUGGGGAGAAUGCUGAGUUUCCAGCAGACAUUUCCAGCAUAGCAGAAGCAGUGCCUAGUGAGAGUGAGCCUCCAGCUCUUCAGAACAACCUCCUGUCUCCUCUCCUGACGGGGACAGAGUCGCCAUUUGACUUGGAACAGCAGUGGCAGGAUCUCAUGUCCAUCAUGGAAAUGCAGGCCAUGGAAGUGAACACGUCGACCAGUGAAAUCCUGUACAACACCCCUCCUGGAGACCCACUGAGCACCAACUACAGCCUUGCCCCCAACACUCCCAUCAAUCAGAAUGUCAGCCUGCAUCAGGCAUCUCUGGGAGGCUGCAGCCAGGACUUCUCCCUCUUCAGCCCUGAGGUGGAGAGCCUGCCUGUGGCUGGCAGCUCCACACUGCUCCCCCUGGUCCCCAGCAAUUCCACCAGCCUCAACUCCACCUUUGGCUCCACCAACCUGGCGGGGCUCUUCUUUCCGCCCCAGCUGAAUGGCACCACCAAUGACACAGCAGGCCCAGAGCUGCCUGACCCCCUGGGGGGCCUGCUGGAUGAAGCCAUGCUGGAUGAGAUCAGCCUCAUGGACCUGGCCAUUGAAGAAGGCUUUAACCCUGUGCAGGCCUCCCAGCUCGAAGAGGAGUUUGACUCUGACUCAGGCCUCUCCUUGGAUUCGAGCCAUAGCCCUUCCUCCCUGAGCAGCUCUGAAGGCAGCUCUUCCUCUUCUUCCUCUUCCUCCUCCUCUUCCUCAGCUUCUUCCUCGGCCUCUUCCUCCUUUUCCGAGGAAGGUGCUGUGGGCUACAGCUCUGACUCUGAGACCCUGGAUCUGGAAGAGGCGGAGGGCGCUGUGGGUUACCAGCCUGAGUAUUCCAAGUUCUGCCGCAUGAGCUAUCAGGAUCCGUCUCAGCUCUCCUGCCUGCCCUACUUGGAGCAUGUGGGCCACAACCACACAUACAACAUGGCACCUAGUGCCCUCGACUCUGCUAACCUGCCACCUCCCAGCACCCUCAAGAAAGGUAGCAAGGAGAAGCAGGCAGACUUCUUAGACAAGCAGAUGAGCCGGGAUGAGCAUCGAGCCCGAGCCAUGAAGAUCCCCUUUACCAAUGACAAAAUCAUCAAUCUGCCUGUGGAGGAGUUCAAUGAGCUGCUGUCCAAAUACCAGCUGAGUGAGGCCCAGCUGAGCCUCAUCCGUGACAUCCGGCGCCGGGGCAAGAACAAGAUGGCGGCACAGAACUGCCGCAAGCGUAAGCUGGACACUAUCCUGAACCUGGAGCGAGACGUGGAGGACCUGCAACAGGAUAAAGCCCGGCUGCUACGGGAGAAAGUGGAGUUCCUCCGGUCACUGCGGCAGAUGAAGCAGAAGGUCCAGAGUCUGUACCAGGAGGUGUUUGGGCGGCUGCGUGAUGAGAAUGGGCGACCUUAUUCUCCCAGCCAGUACGCACUCCAGUAUGCUGGGGAUGGCAGUGUCCUCCUCAUUCCCCGCACGCUGGCUGACCAGCAGGCUCGGCGGCAAGAGAGGAAGCCAAAGGACCGGAGGAAGUGAGCCUGGAGAGAAAGGGGUUGACGCUCACCAAGACCGAAACUGAAGGGCUGGGCCUGGACCUGGACCUACAGCGGGGACUUUAAUGCCUUCUUAUCCAAUAUAUCUUCUCAGAUGGGAUGACUGCGGGUCAGUGUACAGAAGAGGCGGGCACAGGCACUGUCUGGCUCAGCUUCCCCUACAGGGGUGGGGUGGAAGUGGCCAGACCAUUUGGGCGGACAGGGUCCUCGCCCUUACCCCUUUCCUUCAACGGAGGGGGCAGUGUUGCCAUUGCUGGAGGUAAAGGAGCUGUACGGAGCAGAGGCCAACAGGGAAAGGAAAGGACUUGGGAAAGGAGGGGAAAGUAGUAGAAGGUGUCAUUUCUGGAAGGAAGGAAGAAAACAAACCCAGAAAAAUCAAAGCGGGAAGAAAACUAAGGGAAGGUUAAGUUUGGCUUUGGC